AUGAGGUUUUUUACUAAACAAUCCAAAGAUUUGCUUAAUGCUCUCAAUGAAAACACCAAACUGUUGACGUCAUUUCUUGUCAACUUAAAUCUGAAAAGCACUAAACAAAGAUUCGAAGCUCUCAAAAGUUAUGGUUCGAUUUUCACUUGGACUAACAACCAAGUUGGCACCAAACGAAUCUAUUCCAAGAUAGAUCAUGUAUUUGUCAAUGAGGAGUGGCAUGAUGUUUUUCCUAACACUGCAGCUCGUUUUAGUUGGGAAGUAGUCUCAGAUCAUUGUUCAUGUGUUGUUUCAGCUACAGCUACGAAGGCAAUUGGGAUCAAACCAUUUCGGUAUUACAAUUUCUGGGCUGAUCAUCAAGAUUUCAAGACCAUAUUGGAGCAAAAUUGGAAGAGACCGAUGGCUACUAGAGGUCUAAAAGGGGUCUACUUAAAACUUAUGAGAGUAAAGCAUUGCCUCAAGAAAUUUAACCAUGAAGUGAUUGGUGAUAUUGGGAAAAGUUAUCAGGAAGCUAAAGCUUAUUACAGUGAGGCUAAAUAUCACGCUCAAUCUCAUCUGAGAGACAUGAAUUACCAGGAUCAAGAAGCUAUAGCAGCUGCAAAUUUUGAUACUCAAGAAAAAAUGUACCAUAAGUUUCUCAGACAGAGGAGCAAAAUUACUUGGCUGCAAAAAGGAGAUUCCAAUACCUCUUUUUUUCAUGCUUGCCUAAAGAAGAGAAAAAUGGAAAAUAGAAUAACAUCAUUCACUACAGACCAAGGUAUGAUUAAUGAUAAUUUCUCUGAAGUUGUGGAGCAUUUUCUCAAUCAUUUCCGCAGCUACAUGGGAAGCAGAAGCACUGUCAACACUAGGUUAAACUUGAGUUGUAUAGAGCAGGGAUCUAAGCUAUCUUUAGAUCAACAACUUGGUUUGCUGAAACCAUUCUCUUAUAAGGAAAUAAAAAGAGCGAUUUUUAGUAUUCCUGAUACAAAGUCACCAGGACCCGAUGGAUUUGGAUCAGGUUUUUUUUAA